GGCCGCAGAUCCCGAUGGCGGCCGCGCGCGCGGGCCCCGCGCAGGGGCAGGUGACCUUCGAGGACGUGGCCGUGCACUUUUCCCGGGAGGAGUGGGGGCUCCUGGAUGAGGCUCAGCGGCGCCUGUACCGGGACGUGAUGCUGGAGACCUUUGCGCUCACGGCCUCGCUGGGUUGUCGGCGUGGGGUGGAGGACAAGGAAGUACCUCUUGAGCAGAGCAUUUCUCUAGUGACAUCUAGGGUCAGAAGUCCCAAGACAGGCUCUUCUACCCAGAAUGCCCGUCCCUGUGAGACACGUGAGCCAGUCCUGAAGGACAGUUUGCACCAGGAAACAUGCUCUGGGCAGAAACCAUACCUGUGUGUUGUAGGGGAUCACCCUGACCUCCAGCAGCAGCACAGUGGAGAGAAACCCUUCAACGGGGAUGAGGGCAGAGACUUUCUCGUGCACAGCUGUCCUGGCCAACCAGCAGAGAGGCCUUUUGUCACAGCGGAGGGGUGCAAGGACAUCCUGACUACCUCAGGCAUUUUUCAGCACCACGCUCCUCGCAGUCAGUGGCCCCCACACGGUAACACCAGAUGCGCAGAGCCCGGUCACGGUGGACAAAGGCAGUACGCGUGCAGUGAAUGUGGAAAAGCCUUCAGCCGCAAAGACUCACUUGUUCAGCACCAGAGGGUCCACACUGGAGAAAGACCUUACGAGUGCAGUGAAUGUGGGAAAACCUUCAGCCGCAAACCCAUCCUUGCUCAGCACCAGAGAAUCCAUACUGGAGAAAUGCCGUAUGAGUGUGGCAUAUGUGGGAAGGUUUUUAAUCACAGCUCCAACCUUAUUGUACACCAGAGAGUCCACACUGGAGCGAGACCGUACAAGUGCAGUGAGUGUGGGAAAGCCUACAGCCACAAAUCUACUCUUGUUCAGCACGAGAGUGUCCACACUGGAGAGAGGCCGUAUGAGUGCAGUGAGUGCGGGAAGUACUUUGGUCACAAGUAUAGACUCAUCAAACACUGGAGCGUUCACACUGGGGCCAGGCCUUAUGAGUGCAUUGCGUGUGGGAAGUUUUUUAGCCAAAGUUCUGACCUUAUUGCACACCAGAGAGUUCACAAUGGUGAAAAGCCCUACGUGUGCAGCGAGUGCGGAAAAGCAUUUAGCCACAAGCAUGUACUUGUUCAGCACCACAGAAUUCACACUGGAGAAAGGCCGUAUCAGUGCAGCGAGUGUGGAAAGGCCUUCAGACAAAGGGCUUCCCUCAUCCGACAUUGGAAAGUUCACACUGAAGAAAGGUCUUAGCAUAGCGUAGCGGGGAUGUCCCAUCCCCCGUGUGAGCAUCAUGACUGACACCUGAGAAAAGCCUCCCUGAGUACCCAUCAGCCCUGAGGUGAAUCUCAUACAUUGGAACACCCACUCCGGGGAGGCUCCCCUGACUGCAGCCCUGUGGCGAGCUUUCUGGAGCUGUGUUGCACUUUGGAACCUGCCCGAUACCCUUGACAGAAUCAUCACAGCUGGUGUCUGCAGGAAGCCACCCACCCACCUCCACAAUGUCAGCACCCCAUGCUGUCCCAGUCACCCCAACCUGCUUGAUAGGCCCCCGGCUCGGCUCUUUCCCUCCCUAGGAGUUAUUGGCCGGAGCCCAGAUUCUCCAUCCCUCCUUACCAGCCGCUCACCCGCCCUCUGGUUUAAGCACGAACAGGACCCCGGUUAGGCCAGGAGGAGGCAAGUGCCGUGCGGCUGCACACCUGAGGACAAGGCUCCAUCUGUCAGGGACUUGACUGGUCUCACGUCCUAGUGAUUUUUCCAUUCUCCGAGUCCCCAAACUCAGGAAUGGGCUGCCCGUGUCCUGGUUUUGCAAACAUGCCUUAGUGUUUACACUACCUUUAUUCUUUAGAAUUCUCUUUAUUCUGUCAGCUUGAGAACCGAAUGGGUCUCUGGUAGCAUGAAAGGAUGAACAGCUGCCGCGAGGACUCCAACUGUGGUGAUUGUGGCAGUAGGAUGGCGAGCAAACAACAACUCUCCUUCUAGUUUCAGCCUCACUUGCAUUGCGACUCAAAGCUUCCUAGGAAAGACUCCCACUCUCUUGGGCCUGCUCCCGUGACCUGUGUGCCAAGAUGACACAUGUGGCUGAGGGCACCCUGAGCAGGGGGCAUUUGUUGCGACUCCCUGGUCUCCAUCUCCCCCAGCCCUUUUGAAGAGAAUUUGAUCCCUCCUAGCACCUGCCAACAUCUUUGAAAUUAUCCAGUGGGCAGAUGUCACUGAGCCCUACAAGGGCCAUGUAGAAAUCAUGAUUGGUGAGGAGAUACUAGCAGGGAGUUCAGAGACGGCAACAAACUGCAGGAACGUGACUCCAAAAGGCCCAUCCACAAGUGUUUCCAUCACGACAGCUUUGGGGUGGCGUUUACAGACGUUCUCAGGACUCCCACGUGUGUGUCUCUGGCUAUGGUUAUUGUCAGAGUGGUUAGUCUAUACAUUUUUCUGCAGUAAAUUUUCUAUCACUCACAAACACACACACACACACACACACAGAGUUUACACCUUGCUAAGUUCUAAGUUCCAGCACAUUUGUACCCAGGAAACCACUUGAUUUGCUGUCACUGGAUGCAUUUGCUCUUCCUAGAAUUCCGUUCUCUGUACAGAACAGUUAGUAUGUGCUCUGCCGUAUCUGACUUCAAGUCUACAUAAUUUGUGAUUCGCCAAUGUGCUUGUUUCAGAGCUUAACUCCUUUUCCUCUGUACUUCUGUGGCAAGUAUUCUGUCUCCGAGAAAACAGCUGCAAAGCCAGUGGUCUAGUGGAGAACACAGGAACAAGCCCACACUGUUACUACCGGGACCUGCAGCAGCCGUGCCCUCACUUCCCGCCUGCCAGGCUCGCGCAGGGGGACAGGGCGGGCCCCACAGCAGUGGCUACUAGCAGCUACGGACACUGCUGACCCUGGUCACUGUUCCUUUUCUGUCCCUUUUUAGUCUUUCAAUGAUGAAUCACAGUGGCUGAUUUUUUUUUUUUUUUUUUGUGGGACCUUCCCCGGCGGCCGGGGAAUGAACCGGUGCUGCAGAGGCUGCGGGCAGCCUCACAGGCCAGCGCUCAACCGCUGCGCCACCAGGGGAGGCCCUCACGGUGGCUGAUUUUGAAAAGUUAGAACAACCUUACACUUCCAACGUGGUCAAAUAUUUCUAGUUUUUUUAUUUUCUGGAAGAUUUUAUGAAGACUUGGUUUUUGCUCUUUAUUUUUUUGGUGUCUGGACCUGGAGUUUAUUUUCCGGGAAGGUUUCUAACUAUGAGUUUACUUUCCAUGCAGGAUCAGGGCAACAGAACACCCCCCACCCCCAUGGGCUUUGGAGUUGGCUUUCAUGGAGUUCAGUCAAAUUUUUUCAAACUAUCAUUUUGGUAUCUGUACAAUCUGUAGCGAUGCUACCUCUUUUAUUCCUGAUACUGGAAAUAUCUAUAUAUCUCUUCUUAAUUUAGGAUCAAUUUUAAUUGAUCAUGAAGCACUUGGUUUUCCUGAUCUUUCCUUUUUUUUAAACUAUUGCCCCCCUGCUUUUAUUUUUAUUCCCCCCCCCGACCCCCGCUUUUAAUAGAAAAAAAUGACUUCACUUCUUGUGCUGCUUUUUAACAGAGACUGAAAUCCUUCUUUGGAAGUCUUUUUGCCUAUAACAUAGGUGUUUGGUACUAAUUCAUUCUAUACUACUGCUUUAGUUGCCUCCCGCAAAACUUGCUAUUUUAAUUAACUUUAUUUUCCAGUUUAAUUUCUUCUCUGACACCUGGCUCUUCCUUUAAAAGCGAGUCAUUUCAAAUACUUGGGAUGUUCCUUAUCUUUCUGUUAAUUAGUUUUUAAUUCCAUUAGAGUCACAGCACAUGUCCUUUGGCUUGAACUACUUACAUUGACUUCUCUGUGGCCCAGAAUAUGGGCUCUCUUGUGGUUCACGUUAAACUGAAGUGAAUUGACAAUGGACUACUGUUGGGUGGAGGUGUCUACAAAUGUCAGCCUAGGUUAAGAUCCUUCCUAACGUCUUCUGACUCCUUCUGAUUUGGGGGAUGUGGUUCUCUGGGUGUAAAACUGGAUUUGCCUCUUUAUCUGUGUAGUGCUAUCAGUUUUUGUUUUGUGUAUUUAGAACCGGUUUGUUAGAUGAAUAAACAUUUCCUAUUUAUCUGUCCACUCGCUGAGGAGACCUCUUUAGCACUAAGAAACGACCCUGUUUACAUAGUAAUAUUUUUGCUCUACAGUCUACUUUGUCUAUCCUGUUAACACAGUGUGAUUCCGACUGAACGUGGAAAAUACUUGCAUUUCUAUAGACAUUCUUGGUUUUUCUUCUGUUACAUGGUUAAGUUCUAUGGAAACAAUAUAAUCUUUUGGGGUCUUCAUUCUAAAGAUUUUCAGACAGAGUUACUGCAGCACUCACUUUAAGGCCAAUUUCCCUCCCACUGCUGAGACACAACUGUGUUCUCUGAUACUUGAAGGUUUCCCAGUUAAGCUGGUCAGAACAGGCACUUCAGUUUCCAUAUUAUCCUCGGAAAUUGUUCUGUCUAGUCCCUUUGGAUGUGUCCGUACCCGUCCUCUGGGGGUUCCUACACGGGUAUGUAGGUGACUACUCAGCCAGACGACUGUUUCUCUGAAGUUUGCUCUGCUCUGUACUAUAAGGACGUGCCGCCUUGCGCUGUGUCCUUAACUCAGGGUGGCUCUGGCUUCUGCCCCGCAUCACUAUCCUUGCCAUAGGGCCCGAGAAUGUCCUGUGUCACAGUUUGGGACAGUCGUGUGGCUCUCUGCUGUCUGCCCUCUCUGUUGCUUCCUGUACUUUGCUUCCUGUUCACUGUCAUGGUCCGUUGCAUAUACUUUAAUUUUUCUCAAGAAAAUCUGUGGAUCACCUGCCCCCAAAUACAUUAGUACAUUAGUAAAACUGAUCAAGCCUCCUCUUGAGAAAGGAGAAAAAAACAAUAGACGUUGCAUAUAUUACAAAUGUGAGUAACAAAAUAAGGCUGAACUCCAGAUAUCUUGACAGCAUAUAAUGGGUAAUAUGUCAUUAAUUUUAAACAACUUUCCCUCAAUAUGUAAGGUUUGCAGGGCAAAGAUUCAGACAUCAUCAGCACGUGUAAUGUUAGCUUAAAUUUUUUAAUAUCUUCCCUAUAUCAGGUUAAAGAAAUGAAUUGACCGCAACUCUCUGAGCCCAACUGCCCCAAGUUAGCCUCAGCCUCCACAUCUUUAAGGAUUGUGUCUGAAUGCUUCCCCCCAACAAACAGGGAUGUCCCCCCAACAAACAGUCCUUUUUGCAAAGGACUUAAAAAACCCAAAUAAAACAGUAAUUUGGGACUUAGAAUAUUUGUUAAAAAGGUAUUUUAUAAUCUUAACAAUGUCUACGUAAGAUUGGGCUGAAAGUCUGUGCCAGUGGCAUAAAAAAGGAAAUAAAUGACGUAAAAAUUGACAGAUGGUACUUUUCUAUUUAGAAAGCCCUUAGUUCCUACCUGAGAAGCCACAGGUCUAAUGAGUUAGAUUAGCCAAGGUCCAGGAUGAAAUCUUGGGAAAAUGAAAAAUCACACCACUAAUGACAGCAUCAAAAUAUGAAAUAUUCAGGAGUCCAGUUAACAAAUUACAUUCAAGGACUAUAAAGCAAGUUUGUAAAACAUCACAGACUUUUCCUGAGUGACGCCAAGACUUGAAGUUUAAUUUGCUUUCCCCUGGCUAUUUCUGAGGUCACACAGUUGUUAAGUUACCAGUGGUUUCUUUCUUUUUUUUUUUUUAAGAUUUAUUUAUACAUACAAGAACUGGGGUACAGGCCAGAGAUGGGGGUGGUGAGAGGAUUCACUAGAGACAGAGUGGGGAGCAGAACAGGUGGAUCAAUGAAAUACACUGUUGAGGGGAGCAGCGAGGAGACAGGAAAGGUCUGCUGUGCCUCGUGGGUCACCUCCCUGGCUGAGGAUUGAACUCGUGCUGCAGUGGCUACAGGUGGCUUCACAGUACUGCAUCUUAAUCCCUUAUGCCACCAGGGAGGCCCCACCGGUGGUUUCUUUGUGAUGGAAAUUUACAAAUUGAUUCUAAAAUACAUAGGAGAAUUCAAAGGACCUAAAAUACCCAAACAAAUUUUGCAAAGAACAAACUUGAAGGAUUUUAUCUGAUUUUAAUAGUCCCUGUAGAGCUACUGAUGAAAAGCAUAAUAAUGCUGAAAGGGUAGACAAUGCAAAUAGAAACCAGAACAGACUCGAAAACACAUCAAUUUCACUAAAAUCACAGAGGUAUGUCAAGACUGAAAGGAUAUUUGCAACAAACUGCUCUAAAAUUGACAUCUACAUAAAAUAGUAACAGACUUAAAACAUCCGGGAGAGUUUUACUAAUUAACUUGAAAUGGAUUAUAAAUGUGAAUGAAAUAAAAAAAAAAUAACAUCUUUUAGGAAUAACAUGUACACUCUGUGCAUUAAACAAACACCUUUUUGCAAAGGACUUAAAAAACCCAAAUAAAACAGUAAUUUGGGACUUAGUCAGAAUUUAGAAUAUUUGUUAAAAAGGUAUUUUAUAAAGCCAAGAAAGUAAGCAGCAACCUGGUGAGAAAUGUCUGCACCACAGAUAUAAGAAGUAACUACUAUCCAAGACUUAGAAACAACCCUUACAAUGGUAAGCAUAAUGCAACAAAAAAAUCUGAAUACACAUUUCAUCUUAACAGUUCAUAUUUCAAAAACUGACCCAGGCCCUCCCUAGUGUACAGGGGGAUAGGGUCUCAGCACUAUCACCAGCCUCUGCAGCACGAGUUCCAUCCCUGGCCAGGGAGCUACCCACAGGGCACAGCAGACCUCGCCUGUCUCCCCGCUGCUCUCCUCAGCAGUGGAUUCCAGUGCAUCUGCCUGUUCUGCUCCCCACUAUGUCUCUGGGAAUUUUCUCACCUCCCCACCUCUGGCCUGCACCCCAGUUCUUAUAUGCAUAAAUAAAUCUUUGGGGGCCUCCCCGGUGGCGCAGCAUUUGAGCGCUGGGUUGCGAAGCUGCCCGCAGCCUCUGCAGCACCGGUUCGAUCCCCAGCUGCUCCCCGGCCACC